UUCAUAGUUGUGAGAACCUCGGAGGUCUAUUAGAGGUCAGUGUGAGUCCUUCUAAUAGCAACUGCUGCAGCGCAGGGCCUUCCAGACAGACUAUCUGCUGUGGACACACUCUCUCCAGCCUUUCUUCACAUAUACACACACACUGCAGAACUGGUCAGUGCAGAACAGCCAUGCAGGCUCAGGAAGUCCUGAGACAGCUGCGGAUCCCCGAGCUGGAUGACGUCCGGCAGUACAUGCGAGGCUUCCCCACCAACGCUCUCGUGGGCGUGGGCGCCUUCGCCGCCAUCACGACCUACUGGUUGGCCACCCGGCCCAAGGCUCUCAAACCGCCCUGCGACCUCCGUGUACAAUCACUGGAAGUGGCAGGAGAAGCCAAUGCAAGAAGAUCUGUGCUUAACGACAGCGACGAGAACAUAACACAUUACUACAGCGACGCGUGCACAAUGUAUGAGGUGUUCCAGCGAGGCCUCAGAGUAUCAAAUAACGGACCUUGUCUGGGGUCGAGGAAACCGGACCAGCCGUACGUGUGGCAGACUUACAGAGAGGUGGCAGACAGAGCAGAGAACAUCGGAUCUGCCCUCCUUCACAAAGGACACUCUAAAACAGGAGACAAAUACAUCGGCAUCUUCGCUCAGAACAGGCCAGAGUGGACCAUUUCAGAGAUAGCCUGUUAUACGUACUCGUUGGUGGCCGUCCCGCUGUACGACACACUCGGCACAGAGGCCAUCGACUACAUUAUUGACAAAGCCACCAUCGCAACAGUGAUCUGUGAUGUACCCGAAAAGGCUCGGAUGAUCCUGGAGGUCGUCGGCGGAAAAGGGCGAUCGGUGAAGACGAUCGUCCUCAUGGAGGAUUUCGAUGGUGACCUGGUGGCCCGGGGACAGGAGAGUGGUAUCGAGAUCCUGAGUUUGAAGGAGUUCGAGGCCCUGGGUAAAGCCAACCACCAGAAACCACAGCCUCCCAAAAAAGAGGACCUCGCACUUAUCUGCUUCACAUCUGGAACCACAGGAAACCCAAAAGGUGCCAUGCUUACCCAUGAAAAUGUCGUCUCCAACACCGCAGCUUUCAUUAAAAUAACACAGGGCAUACUGAAGGCCAACAAUAAAGAUGUGCUCAUCUCCUUCCUGCCUUUGGCCCACAUGUUUGAGAGGGUGGUGGAGAGCGUCGUCCUCGUCCACGGGGCUCGAAUCGGCUACUUCCAAGGAGACAUUCGACUCUUGAUGGACGAUCUGAAGGCGCUGCAGCCGACGAUCUUCCCUGUCGUGCCGCGUCUCCUCAACCGCAUGUUCGAUAAGGUAUUUAGUCAAGCCAACACGCCGCUGAAAAGGUGGCUGCUCGACUUCGCCUUCAAGAGGAAAGAGGCCGAACUCAAAAACGGAGUUGUCAGACAGGACAGCAUGUGGGACAAGCUCAUCUUCAGAAAAGUUCAGGCGAGUCUGGGCGGUCGUGUGAGACUCAUGAUUACAGGAGCAGCCCCAGUGUCUCCGACCAUCCUCACUUUCCUACGAGCAGCUCUGGGCUGCCAGUUUUACGAAGGCUACGGACAGACUGAAUGUACGGCCGGGUGCAACAUGACGAUGCCUGGGGACUGGACAGCAGGUCACGUCGGGCCUCCUCUGCCCUGUAACUAUGUUAAACUGGUGGACGUGGCGGAAAUGAAUUACCUGGCAGCCAAUGGAGAAGGAGAGGUGUGUGUCAAAGGACCAAAUGUAUUCCAGGGAUACCUGAAAGACCCGGACAAAACAGCUGAGGCCAUCGACAAGGAUGGAUGGCUGCACACAGGAGACAUUGGGAAGUGGCUUCCAAACGGCUGCCUGAAGAUCGUUGACAGGAAGAAGCACAUUUUCAAGCUGGCGCAAGGAGAGUACAUCGCCCCAGAGAAAAUAGAAACGGCUUAUAGUCGCAGUGAUCCAGUGGCACAGAUAUUUGUUCAUGGGGACAGCUUACAGGCAUGCCUGGUGGGGAUAGUGGUUCCUGAUCCAGACUUUUUACCCAUUUGGGCCAAGAAAAAGGGGUUUGAAGGAUCUUACUCUGAUCUGUGCAAGAACAAGGAUGUGAAGAAGGCCAUUUUGGAGGAUAUCCUGAGCUUGGGCAAAGAAUUUGGACUCAAGACUUUUGAACAGGUGAGAGACAUUGCCUUACACACCGAGAUGUUUUCCGUCCAAAACGGUCUGCUGACCCCCACCCUGAAGGCCAAGAGGACAGAGCUUCGCAACCGGUUCAGAGAACAGAUCGAUGAACUUUACGCCAGGAUUAAGAUGUGAGCUGUGGGAAGGUGACGGUCGUUCAGAGCACACAGCCAGAAACAAACUGUUUGCUCCGGAGGAUCUUUCACUUUAUUUCUUUUCUUUUUUUAAAUUAUGUGGAGGUUGUUUUGUUUUUUGUUUUUUUGUUUUUUUUAAAAGAUGAACUGGAUAAUGAACAGAUUGAGUAUGCGUCAGCCCCUGAUUUGGUUAGAAAUUGUACUGCUACAGUCCUGCCGGUGAAGAAUAUCUGACAUCGUGUUACUGAUUUCCAAGAAUAAGGGUUAAAUCUCAAAUGUGACUUGCUGAUACCGUUACUGCCUUUAACUCUGCCUACUUCAUGAUCAGAUCAAAGCUUAACAUUUCAGUUUAAAAGAAAUCCUAUAAAAUACUUUUACAACAGUGACAAGUAUUAGCUAUUUAUAUGCCAAGAUAUUUAAAGUUUUGGUGAUGUAUUUAAGUCGGUUUGUACUUGUGUAAAUAGUAGAUCUGCUGGAAAAGUUUAUUUCUAUGGACAAUACCUUGUCUGGUAGUUAAAUUCCCUGCAUUCCCAAGUUUCUCAGUGCUGCCGACUGAAGGACUGACGUUACAAACCUGUUCCAGCGCUGAAUUAACAGCCUAAUGGGAAUCAUGUUGCUUGAAGGAUUUUGUGGUUUGCGUUUGUUAAUGCAUGUAAAAUACUGAUUGUUGCUACACUGCACGCGCACACACGCACACACACACACACACACACACACACACACACACAAACAGUGCCUCCAUUCAGAAGCCCUUUUACAUUUCAGUGCCACGGGUUGCUGGAUAUAACUGCACACCAGUCAGUUGUACAUUUCAGACAAACACUGGGGUUACGGUUACUUUCUAAGAAGGUUGUUCCAAGUCCUUCACUGAUGGUCCAUAAAAAAAAAAAGAAUUACCAGUCUUCAUUUCAGCUGCUCUACAAAAGCGACGUUGAGACAGAGACAUCCUCAUUUCAAGCGCUCCGUGACAUGUACAAGAAGCCAUAUUAGCUUUUUAACGACUCCUGUGAAAAGGGGCAAAGGUGCGGUUUUAUGCUACGAUAGAAAAUAUAGAACCUGUAUUUGUUGCCUGUACCAAAUAAAUAUUUUCUUCCAAAA